GGAUACGGCAUCUAAUCUAAAGAUCACAAAAUUAUGAACCCAAAAAGCAAAGUUCUAAUUUUUCUCUCUAGUUUUCAAAAAACGAAAGCAAAGCAACCCAUCAGAACAAAAACAGAUUUUUUCUCUCGUUGAAGUUAGAGAAUCAAUGCUCCGAAGGUGUUUUGAUGAAUUGCCCCACUGAACUUCGCCCCCACUCCUCUUAACCGCUGAGCUCAACCACCGCCGUACGCCGGAGCUCCACCAACCUCAAUUAUCCAUUAACAAGAACAAUAACAACAAGAAAAAAACCAGAAUCCAACUCAAACCCAUCCCCUGUUUUGUAUUGGUUUCUUCAUUUGGAUUUUGGGUCUCUCUUUUAUACUCUUCCAUUUCUUUCUUCUCUCUCUGGCCUACAAUAAUCCAAUUAUUUAUUUCCCAAAAGUUGUUGAAGUGAACCAGUCUUUAACCUAUUUCUUUUCCCUUUUCUUUUUUUAAAAUUUCCCAAGAAAAAUCCUUCAACUUCAAUCCCAUCUGUUAAUCUCCCUGUUUUUGACUCUGUUUUCUGUUUAUACAAAAGGGGGUUUCUUAUGCUGGCCGGCGAUGCCGACGCCGGUGAGCGCUGCGAGGCAAUGCUUAACGGAGGAGGCGGCGAGAGCUUUAGACGAUGCCGUUUCCGUCGCCCGCCGCCGCUGCCACGCUCAAACUACUUCUCUUCACGCUGUCUCUGCUUUACUCUCUUUACCUUCCUCUGCCCUUCGUGACGCCUGUUCACGCGCCCGCAGCUGUGCGUACCUUCCACGUCUCCAGUUCCGAGCACUCGACUUGUCCGUCGGCGUAUCUCUCGACCGCCUCCCUUCCUCAAAACCCACUGACGAACCACCGGUUUCCAAUUCCCUUAUGGCUGCCAUUAAACGAUCUCAAGCUAAUCAACGGCGGCACCCAGAAAGCUUCCAUCUCCAUCAGAUUCAUAAUCAGCAACAAACCCCUUCGAUUUUGAAAGUUGAACUCAAGUAUUUCAUCUUAUCGAUUCUUGAUGAUCCGAUUGUGAGUAGGGUUUUUGGGGAAGCUGGGUUUCGAAGCUGCGAUGUUAAAUUAGCGAUAAUGCAUCCUCCUCUUACUCAUCAUCCCUCUCGAUUCUCUCGUUCUGCUCGUUGCCCUCCCAUUUUCCUCUGUAAUCUCACCGAUUCCGAUCUGGGUCACCGGAAUUUUCCCUUCCCCUUUUCUGGUGGGUAUGGAAACGGCGACGACGAUUCCAAUUCCAGACGAAUCGCUGAAAUUCUAGUGAGAAAAACAGGGAGAAAUCCAUUGUUAAUCGGUGUCUAUGCUGCUGAUGCUCUCCAAAGCUUCACUGAUUGUGUUCAGAGAUACAAAUCAGAGAUUCUUCCAGUGGAAAUUUCUGGGUUGAGAGUAAUUUGUAUAGAGAAGGAGAUUUCUGAGUUUGUGAGUGGAAAUGGGAGUAAAGAGAAAAUGAGAUUGAAGUUUGAGGAAGUUUUUGGGAUGAUUCAGAAAUGUUCAGGGCCUAGUAUGGUUGUGAAUUAUGGAGAUUUGAGUGUUUUUCUCACUGAAGUAGAAGAAAAAGAAGAAGAAGAAGAUAAUGGAAUGAGUUUUGUGGUAUCUCAACUGACUGAUUUAUUGAAGCUUUACAAUGGAAAAGUAUGGCUGAUUGGAGCUAUUGGAACUUACAAAAUGCAUGAGAAAUUUCUAGCUAAGUUUCCAGCCAUUGAAAAGGACUGGGAUCUUCAUCUUCUUCCCAUAACUUCCAAGCCUAUGGUUGAUAUGUUUGGAGCUAAAUCUAGCUUGAUGGGAUCUUUUGUUCCAUUUGGUGGAUUUUUUCCUUCACAAUCUAAUUUCCCAAGUCAGUUAAGCAACCCGAAUCAAUUGUUUACUCGCUGUCAUCAAUGCACCGAAAAAUACGAGCAAGAAGUUGCUGCAAUAUGGAAGCCAGGAUCUAGUACCAUCUUUGGUUGUCACUCCGAAAGUUCCUUGCAUAUGCCUGUGACUGAACUUGAUGCAAAAUGCAAGGAAUUUGAUGUGCAUAAGACCAGAGACGAUGGAAGUGCAUUGAGUGAUAAGAUAACUGGCCUACAAAAGAAGUGGAACGAUAUCUGCCGUCUUCAUCAAAGGCAAAUGUUCCCUAAACUCGACAUUUCCCAUACCAGGCAUGGGGUGUCGUUUGAGUCAACUCGAUUUGCUUUAGAUCAUGAAAGAAGUGGUGAAGAACCAUCAUCUGUAACUGCAGAAAGAUUUGUAAUUGGCAAUCCUUGCUUAUCUAGAGACUUGCAAAACAAUUUAAACACAAAGCAGGCCAGGCAGACAUCGGAGAUUUCCGAUUCUCAUACCGAUAAUUUCCAAUCGAAUAUUGUAAUUGGACCCUCUCCGGGUGACGACGAGAGUCUCUGUAUUUUCUCGAAAUCGGUUGUUCCAAAAGGGCAUCUUCACUCUGAUAACCCAUUACCCUCAUCCUUAAUCUCUGUUACCACUGAUUUGGGACUGGGGACAUUGUAUGCAUCUGCCAGUGAGAACAAGAGAAAAGUUGCAGACUUAGAAAGCAAAAAAGUUCACAUUCAACACUUAACAGGCUCGAAUCCAACCGAAUAUAGUAGACCAAGCAACAAUAGUCCGGGCCAAUCCCCCGGUUUCUCUGAUCAGAAUGCUGGACGGGGGCUUGAUAUGAGAGAAUUCAAGUCACUCUGGAAUGCACUGAAUGAAAAGGUUAGCUGGCAAGGUAAAGCCACAAGUUCUAUUGUCGAAACCAUUCUUCGAUGUCGAACUGGUGGUGGAAGGCGCCGUAGCUCGAAUUCGAGGGGAGAUAUUUGGCUAACUUUCCUUGGACCAGACAUGAUGGGAAAGCGGAAAAUUUCCUUGGCACUUGCUGAGUUGAUGUUUGGAAGCAGAGAGAACCUAAUCUCAGUUGACUUUGGCUCACAGGACAGAGAUCGACGAUCAAACUCACUCUUCGACUGCCAAGGUUUAAAUGGUUACGACGAGAGGUUCCGGGGACAAACUGUUGUUGACUAUGUUGCUGGGGAGUUGAGGAAGAAACCAUCCUCGGUUGUCUUAUUAGAGAAUGUAGACAAGGCCGACGUUCGGGCUAAGAGUUGUUUGUCCCAGGCAAUUACGACUGGCAAGUUUCCAGAUUCACAUGGUAGACAAUUUACCAUCAAUAAUACAAUCUUCGUGACAACAUUAAUGAACAAAACGGUCAAGAAAAUUUCGAAUCUAGAUGGUGAUGAACAGACUGAAUUUUCCGAGGAGAGAAUACUUGCAGCCAGAAAUUAUCAAAUGCAAAUACUAGUACAAGGUUUUGCCAGUGAUGUCAGUAAAUGCAAUGACACGAAUGUGAGGAUUAUGUGUGCCCCCCGAGGAAGCUCAAACCUCUCGCUAUUGAAAAGGAGGAAACUGGACGACGAAUCCACUGAGCUGAAGAAGGCAUCAUCAUCAUCAAUGUCGUUACUAGACUUGAAUCUCCCAUUAGAAGAGGUUGAAGAUGGAUCCAACGAUGGUGAUUGCGAUAGCGACUCUGUAUCAGAAGGCUCGGAAGCAUGGCUAGACGAAUUCCUUGAAGAAGUAGAUGAAAAGGUCAUGUUCAAACCAUAUGAUUUUGAUGAAGCAGCAGAAAAACUAGUGAAAGAAAUAAACCUGCAGUUCAGAAGGGUGUUCGGAAGCGAGGUCAUACUCGAGAUUGACUACAAAAUCAUAGUCCAAAUCAUUGCAGCAAACUGGGUAUCAGAGAAGAAAAGAGCCAUGGAAGAAUGGUUGGAGUUGGUUCUUCAUAGAAGCUUUGUAGAAGCAGAACACAAGUACCAAAUGGGGACUGGUUCUGUGAUGAAACUUGUGUGUAAAGAAGAUUGUGUAGUGGAAGGACAAGCAGCUGGGAUUCUUCUUCCUGCUAAAAUCAAAUUGAUUUGAACUCAAAGUUUUGGUUUUUUUUCUUUUUCCCUUUUUUGUUGUAAUGUAAAUUAUUAUAUUUGUAUAAUGUUAGUAUUAGCAUUUUUCACCUUCUUACUCAAGUUUACCAAAAAAAAAAAAACG